GAGCUACUGGAAUUGUUGUACUGGUUUUACUCGGACUGGUCUUUGGCUGUUUGAAUAGCAGACCAACUGCGACCAUCCAGUAUGGAGCACGCGUUCGCGCUCGUCGUUUUAUCACUGUUACAACUAUGCCAAGGCCAAAAAACACAGCCGGAAUGGUUCGCUGCAAACCUCGUCAACGAUCCAAGUUUCACGCCGAAACCUAUAACGGAGAUAUUCACAAGUGAUUCACCGUUUACCUCCAAGAAUCCAGCACUUUUUACACAACCUACAACCGGAACAACUUCGACAUUACCACCCACUUCAAGGCCUACGCCUAACGCCCCAGAGCCUCAGAAUGCUACCUCACGUCCGUUACAAAAUGGGGGAGUGCAAAUUCGUCAAACACCAGAAAUAAUGUCGCAAGUUGCAGAAAAUCCACCGAAUAACGAUUUACCGAACUUUCUUAUAGUUUUUGAUCCAAGGGGACAGUUGAAUCAGAAUAUCGAACAAGCUGCUAUACCGUCUUCACCACCAACAAUGACUCAAACGACAGUAGUACCAAAUCGAGUAACCACUCCAACUGCCACAUCCUCCACAUCACAGUCAACCACUGCAGUUCCAGCCACUCAAGCAACAUUACCACCCUUCCAGCCUGGCAUACCACCACAAAUCCUGAGUACUUUAUCUGCACCUGCCUGGCCACGUGGUUCGGUGUUAGUCUAUCCAAUUCAGUUUCCAGGUGUUAACACUAAUGUAAACUCAACUGUGUUACCAGUUACAUCAACAGCUGUUCCAAGUUUACCAGCAGUUCCUCCGAACUCAUUUCCACGACCUCUGAACUCAACUACUCAGUCUCUGAAAUCAAGACCAGUUUUGACUGUACGCGUCAAAGCCCCAAGAGGUUCGAUUACCAAUAUACAUAUAAACCCAACGACAACAGUUCGACCAACAACGACUAAACGGCGAAAGUCUACGAGAAAGACCAAUAACUACGAUGGAUGUGUUAAUUCUUGUAAAGGAAGAAAGGAACCUAUCUGUAGCACCCCCACGGGAGUAAAUCCCAUAAAUCCAAAUACGUUGAAAGGUUUCCCUUCAUUGUGCCAUAUGGCCUGCCACAAUUCUUUCAGGAAAGAACAAGUGUACGAAAAAGUGACAGACGGACGAUGCGGUAAACUGCGCACGCGCAUAAGGCCUGUUGACAAGAAAAAACUCAACAGGGAAGAGCUAAACAAAGCCCAAUACACCAUAGUGCAUAAUGCCCCGGAAACUGUCGUGGAAUUCUCGCCGGUAAGACAAUGAGAUAACGGAGAAAAUUGAUUGCACAAAAGUUAAAAAAAACUAUCGACGGAGCAGUCAUAACAUCACGCAUAAACUAGUCGUGUUCAAAUAGACAGGAAUGUUGUGUGUAAUAAGUUUUUAUAGCUUCUUUAAUACAAAGUAAUAUGAUUGAAUAAGAUAUUCGUUGUUACGGAAUGAUAAAUUGUGUUUUCUUUGUUGUGCUUGGUAUAUCUGUUACGGUAGCACUACAGAUUGUAAUAAUAUGAUUGAUGUAAUUUCUGCCCACCUUUUUAACAUUGUAUAAGUAUUUAUAGUUUAUUUUCUAGUAUUGAUCAUCUUUGAUCCAGAGCCCUAAGUCUGCUAAACCAAUUGUAUCUCAGUGGUCAAUCUAUGAUAUCAUAGCACUAAUAAAAAAUAAUAACGGUAACCAAGCGUCCAAGAUAAAGGCUACUCUUAGGUACCAACUAUAUAUAAACGUUUUUUAAUAUUUUUUAACAAUGAUCUAUUGAAUCCUUUUCGAAACCACUGAGACAUGUCAUUCCAAACUUGGGGCCCAGGAGUGCUAAAUCUAGAAUAGUUUAGGUCGAUCGAAGUCUGAUGUCGAUCGAAGUCUGAUGACCUUGAGAUUUAACGUCGUAUUUGUGAUUGUAACAUUUUCACUUUGACUUUUUUAUUGGCUGAAUUAAAGAUACGCUCACGCUUCGCUGCGACAACCAAUCAGGGUCAUCACUUUGUCACUGUAGACUUCUGUGAUAACCUGGCAUAAAUAACAUUAAAUUGGAUAAGGCAGCACUUCCAUAAGGGAUGGGCGACAAGGGGUGUGCUAAACUAUAAAAAUGAAGCGAUCUUAUUACUGGAUUUCACGCACUUAAUAGCGCGUUCUGACAUCCCUGGUGAAAACCACCUAAGGAGGAAAAAUUUAGUAAGAAAACCAUGUUGAGCAUUUCUUGAUAAUGUAAAAAUACAGGUACGUUCAGAAUAGCCUUUCUUAUUAUGAAAGGUUCAACGUAAUUUACGACAAUAGAAUUAUCUCACGACCAUCAACAGCUCAAAUAGCUCAAGCCGCUUUAUACUAAGCGUGACUCCAAAGUUGAUGGACUAUGACUUAUUUAUUAAUAUGCAGGGUUCGUGAAUAUCCGGGAAGUCACAAUAACCUAUAACUAUCUGAUGAAAUUAAUCACGAAUUAAAAAAAAAAU